GGGCCCCUAUACCGCCUCCUCAUGCUGCUGCCAGGUCCAGAGUCUCUCAUGGGCCCCUAUACCGCCUCCUCAUGCUGCUGCCAGGCCCCUAAUCUGCCAUGGGCCCCUAUACCGCCUCCUCAUGCUGCUGCCAGGUCCACAGUGUCUCAUGGGGUCCCUGUACCGCCUCCCAUUGCUGCUGCCAGGCCCCUAAUCUGCCAUGGGCCCCCGUACCGCCUCCUCAUGCUGCUGCCAGGCCCCAAAUCUGCCAUGGGCCCCCGUACCGCCUGGUCACGCUGCUGCUGGGUCCACAGUGUGUCAUGGGUCCCUGUACCGCCUCCCAUUGCUCCCCACUCUGCCAUGUGCCACUUUCAGGUCUCUCACACUCCUGCGGUUUUCCAUUUUGUCAUAGGUUGCUGGCAGAUUACAGGCCUCCCAUAGGUGCUGCCAGGCCCCAAAUCUGCCAUGGGCCCCCGUACCGCCCUGGUCACGCUGCUGCUGGGUCCACAGUGUGACAUGGGUCCCUGUACCGCCUCCCAUUGCUCCCCACUCUGCCAUGUGCCACUUUCAGGUCUCCUCACACUCCUGCGGUUUUCCAUUUUGUCAUAGGUUGCUGGCAGAUUACAGGCCUCCCAUAGGUGCUGCCAGGCC